AUGGCUUCCGAAGGUCUGAGAGAGGAGCUAAACUGUCCCAUUUGCCUAGACAUUUAUACGGAUCCCGUCAUGCUGAAAUGUGGCCACAUCUACUGUCACAUCUGCAUCGGAAAUGUUCUGGAUUGCCAGGAGACUUCUGGAGAAUAUUCCUGUCCUGAAUGCAGGCUAAAAUUCGAACAUCGUCCCUUGCUGGAGAAGAACAGAAAACUGCGUAACAUUGUGGAACAUUUCGUGUCUCUCCACAUUGAGCAGGAUGCUUUGGUGAGCAGUAAGUCGCCAGCAGAUGUCUCAACUGAAACCUGCACUUCACAAUGCUCUGUGCAUAGGAAAUCCUUGGAGUUUUACUGUUUCAAUGACUCCCAAUGCAUCUGUACAGACUGCUGCUUCAGUGGAAGGCAUGGGGGGCACCAGGUGGAGCUACUGAAUGAAGCCUUUGAAAUAAAACAAGAAGCAAUGAAAGGUGUCCUGCAGGUCCUGACCACACACAAAGCAGAAAACGUAAAAAGAGUUCAAGGUCUACGUGAAUCAGUGACUGAGGCACAAGAAAAAGUUUCAGAGGAGACAGAGAAAGUCACUACUUUAUUCAGAGACAUCAGAAGUCAGCUGGAACAUCUGGAGAAGAAAGCCCUUGGUGACAUCUCCUGGCAUGGAGGGCAGACGGUUCAUUUGGUCUCUGAUUUGAUCCAGCAGCUUGAAAUGAAAACAGAAAUGUGUUCGCAGAAGAUUGACGAUAUAGAAAGAGUGAUGAAAGUCACUGACCCGAUGGCCUUCCUACAAGCAGCAGAAUGCACUAAGCUUGAUGAAGACCACUUUGUAGAGGAUUUAAAGAAGGAAGUCAACACAAAACCUAGUUUGGUUGUAGUAGGCCUGGUUUCGGAGACAUUACAAACAGGGUUAGAAACCAUUAUGGCUGAUGCAAAGAAAAUGCUUUCUUUGAAGGAACAACCAGAAGAAACGAGGGCCAUCAGAGCAAUAGACAAGUCUACAAAAUCGGCAGCAUUGCUUAAUAGCUCUUCGGGUCAAAUUUCAGACAACCUGACGCCCUACCACAGUGCUGAUGUUGAGAAGAAAAUCGUACAGCCCCAUCACAGCCAAGCCCAAAACCCAGAUAUGACGCCUGCAGCUUCUGUGGUGCAAAAGCCACAUCUCUUAUUCAGAAAUCCAUAUGCUUUUUUUAAGUGA